UCUCGCGAGAGUGGAGGUGGGAUGGCGGUUGCGGGACAGUAAGGGGGCCUCGUUUCCCCCUCAGAACGGGAGAAGGGCCUGGCGGAGGCCUUCUUUCCCCGCCACAUGAGGCAGAGUGGAGCGGGGCGGGUGGGCCCUCUCCCUCCCUGCCAGGCUCCUGAAGGAUGAAGGCAGCCCAGGGGGCCGCGGAGGAAUCAGAGAAGCUGAACAAGAUGAGUUCACUUCUGGAAAGGCUCCAUGUCAAGUUUAAUCCCAACACCAGACCUUGGACAGAAACCAUGAAGCUUGUCCGGCAAGUUAUGGAAAAGCGAGUUGUAAUGAACUCUGGAGGUCACCAGAAUCUUGUCAGCUGCUUGGAAACAUUACAGAAGGCCUUGAAAGUGACAUCUCUGCCUGCCAUGACAGAUCGCUUGGAAUCCAUUGCUCGACAAAAUGGCCUUGGAUCUCAUCUUAGUGCAAAUGGCACAGAAUGUUAUAUAACAUCAGAUAUGUUCUAUGUGGAAGUUCAUUUGGAUCUUACUGGACAACUAUGUGAUGUCAAGGUAGCACAUCAUGGGGAAAAUCCUGUGAGUUGUCCAGAACUGGUGCAGCAUUUAAGAGAGAGAAAUUUUGAUGAAUUUUCUAAGCAUCUUAAAGGUCUCGUGAAUCUGUAUAAACUGCCAGGUGACAACAAACUGAAAACUAAAAUGUAUUUGGCUCUUCAAUCCUUGGAACUUGAUCUUACAAAGAUGGCAGGAAUGUACUGGCAAGCCACCAACGCAAGCCCUUUGGACAAGAUUCUGCAUGGCAGUGUGGGCUAUCUUACCCCAAGGAGUGGAGGUCACCUGAUGAAUCUGAAGUAUUAUGUUUCACCAUAUGAUUUGAUUGAAGAUGGUACUGGAGCACCUGUAAUUCUGAAUGAAGGCAGUGUUCCUCGAUACUUGGGCAUGAAUGUAUGUGUUACAAUUGAAGGAACGUUGACGAUGAACAAGCUUCCAAUUGCUCCUCUGAUUAUGGGGUCUCAUCCUGUGGACAACAAAGGGACACCCUCCUUCUCCUCAAUCACUAGUGCUAAUAGUGUUGAUUUGCCAGCAUGCUUCUUCUUGAAAUUUCCAAGGCCUAUUCCAGUAUCUCGAGGUUUCAUUCAGAAACUUCAGAACUGCACAGGCAUACCGUUGUUUGACACCCCUCCCACAUAUGUCCCCUUAUAUGAGCUGAUUACUCAGUUUGAGCUCUCGAAGGAAGACAAUGCUGGACCAUUGAAUCACAAUAUGCGCUUCUAUGCAGCUCUGCCAGGACAGCAACACUGCUACUUCCUCAACAAAGAUGCCCCUUUACCAGAUGGCCGGAGCCUUCAAGGAACUCUCCUGAGCAAAAUUGCUUUCCACCAUCCUAGUCGAGUUCCUCUCAUCCUCAAUAUGAUCAGGCAUCAGGUAGCCUACAACACACUGAUAGGCAGCUGUGUCAAGCGAACAGUCUUAAAAGAAGAUUCUCCUGGCAUUCUCCAAUUUGAAGUCUGCCCUCUCUCUGACUCUUGUUUCAGUGUAUCAUUUCAGCACCCUGUAAAUGACUCUUUGGUUUGUGUGGUAAUGGAUGUACAAGAUUCUACCCAUGUGAAUUGCAAAUUAUACAAAGGGCUCUCAGAUGCACUCAUCUGCACAGAUGACUUCAUUGCUAAAGUUGUUCAAAGAUGUAUGUCAAUUCCUGUGACCAUGAGAGCCAUUCGCAGAAAGGCAGAAACAAUCCAAGCGGAUACACCAGCCUUGUCCCUCAUUGCUGAGACAGUUGAAGACAUGGUUAAGAAGAACCUGCCCCCUGCCAGCAGCCCAGGUUAUGGCAUGACCACAGGCAACAACCCAAUGAGUGGCACCACCACCCCAACCAGCACAUUUCCUGGGGGGCCCAUUUCCACCUUAUUCACCAUGAGCAUGGGCAUAAAAGAACGACAUGAUUCAGUGGGCCAUGGGGAGGACUUCAGCAAAGUAUCUCAGAACCCUAUUCUUACAAGCUUGCUACAAAUCACUGGCAAUGUGGGCUCCAACAUUGGCUCCAGUCCCACUCCUCCACACCACACACCUCCCCCUGUGUCAUCUCCAGCAAGCAACACCAAGAACCACCCCAUGCUUAUGAACUUGCUGAAGGACAAUCCAGCUCAAGAUUUCUCAACUCUGUAUGGAAGCAGUCCGCUUGAAAGACAGAACUCCUCUUCUGGCUCUCCUAGGAUGGAAAUGGGACCAGGGACCAACAAGCAAAAGAAGAAAAAAUCACGUGUUCUAGUGGAGAAACCCAAACAUCAAACUGAAGAUGACUUCCAGAGAGAGCUGUUUUCCAUGGAUGUUGAUUCACAGAACCCUAUCUUUGAUGUCAAUAUGACCACUGACACUUUAGAUACUCCCCAUAUCACUCCAGCACCCAGUCAGUGCAGCACUCCACCAACAACCUAUCCACAGUCCAUGCCUCAUGCCCAGCCCAGCAUUCAGAGGAUGGUCCGACUCUCCAGUUCAGAUAGCAUUGGUCCUGAUGUUACAGAUAUUCUUUCUGAUAUAGCAGAGGAAGCGUCUAAGCUACCAAGCACCAGUGAAGACUGUCCUCCUAUUGGAACACCAGUAAGAGACUCAUCCAGUUCAGGGCAUUCUCAAAGUGCCCUAUUUGAUCCUGAUGUUUUUCAGUCAAACAACAGUGACAACCCAUACACCGAUCCAGCUGACUUGAUUGCUGAUGCUACUGUGAGCCCAAACAGCGACUCUUCAAAUCAGUUUUUUCCUGAUGGUGUUGAUUUCAACCCUGACCUCCUGAACAGCCAGAGCCAGAGCGGUUUUGGAGAAGAGUAUUUUGAUGAUAGCAGCCAGAGCGGAGAUGCUGAUGACUUCAAAGGUUUUGCACCACAAACGAUAAGUACUUUGGGCGUUCAAGUGCUGGGGGGAGAUGGAGGGGAGAGUAAGUUCAAGGCAAGUAGCCAGACGGACACAGUCGACUUUAGUAUAAUCACAGCUGCCAGCAAGGCUCUGGGAGCCUCUGAUGUCAUGGAGCAUCAUAGUGGAAGUCAGAGCCCCUUAUUGAGUACAGGAGAUUUGGGAAAGGAAAAAUCACAGAAACGAGUCAAAGAGGGUAAUGGAUCUGGGAGUUCUUUAACAGGCCCUGGGCUAGAUGGCAAGGGUGGAAAACGCAGCCGCACCCCAUCCAGUGAUGGGAAAAGUAAAGAAAAGGUCCAGAAGCGAAGGAAGGUGGAGCCAGAAGGCAAAUCUCCCUCUCAUAGUUCAUCCACCAGGCCUUUCACCCCACCAACAAGCACAGGUGGUUCAAAAUCUCCUGGAAGUUCAGGCAGGUCUCAAACACCCCCUGGGGUAGCCACUCCUCCCAUCCCCAAAAUCACUAUCCAGAUUCCCAAGGGAACAGUGACUGUUGGCAAACCCUCCCAUGGGCAGUACACAAGCAGCGGCUCAGUCUCUUCUUUGAGCAGCAAAAGUCAUCACAGUCAUUCCUCCUCCUCCUCGUCCUCUUCCUCCUCAUCCUCCUCCUCGUCUUCAUCUUCCUCAUCGACCUCCGGCAAAAUAAAGAGCAGCAAGUCGGAUGGGUCUUCCGGGUCCAAGAUGAGCAGCAGCCUCUACUCGGGCCAAGGCGGCUCUGGAUCAGGUCAGUCCAAAAGCUCCACCCAAUCAGUGGGCAAGCCCGGGUCCUCCCCCAUCACAAAACAUGGCCUGAGCAGCGGCUCUGGAGGUACCAAGAUCAAACCUCAAGGGAAGCCUUCAUCGCUUAUGAACCCUUCCAUGAGUAAACCAAACAUUUCUCCUUCUCAUUCUAGACCCUCGGGCGGUUCUGACAAGCUGGCCUCUCCGAUGAAACCAGUUCCAGGUACUCCCCCCUCGUCUAAAGCAAAGUCCCCAAUUAGUUCCGGUUCUGGAGGCUCGCACAUGUCUGGGACAGGAUCAAGCUCAAGCAUGAAGUCCUCUUCAGGGAUGGGAUCCUCCAGUUCCAUGUCCCAGAAGGCACCCCCUUCUUCAAAUUCUUCAGCAGGAUCUUCAUCUUCCUUUUCAUCUGGGGGUUCUUCCGUGUCCUCUCAGAAUCAGCAUGGGAGUUCCAAAGGCAAGUCCCCAAGCAGAAACAAAAAGCCGUCUUUAACUGCUGUCAUUGACAAACUGAAACAUGGUGUUGUCACUGGUGGCCCUGGUGGGGAUGAUUCCAUGGAUGGACAGAUGGUCCAGGGUUCCAGUUCCUCAAGUCACUCCAUGUCUUCAAAACACAACCUGACAGGAAGUGAAUUGCAGGGGAAACGAGAAAGAAGUGACAAGGAGAAAUCUAAAGUUUCUGUUUCAGGAGGGUCAUCUGAUUCUUCCAAGAAGACAUCCGAUUCAAAGAAUGUUGGAAGCACUGGAGUGGCCAAGAUAAUAAUCAGCAAACAUGAUGGUGGUUCUCCUAGCAUUAAAGCCAAAGUCACCUUGCAAAAACCUGGGGAAGGAGGUGGAGAUAGCUUAAGACCUCAGAUGACCUCUUCCAAAAGCUAUGGAUCACCACUGAUAAGUGGGUCUACUCCAAAGCACGAGCGCUGUUCUCCCAGCCACAGUAAGUCUCCUGCCUAUACUCCCCAAAACAUUGACAGUGAAAGUGAGUCGGGAUCUUCUAUAGCAGAGAAGUCCUAUCAGAACAGCCCCAACUCUGAUGAUGGAAUUAGGCCUCUUCCAGAAUACAGCUCAGAAAAGCAUAAGAAGCACAAAAAGGACAAGAAAAAAGUAAAAGACAAAGACCGGGACAGGGAUCGUGACAAAGAAAGGGACAAAAAGAAAACUCACAGCAUUAAGCCAGAAAGCUGGUCUAAAUCUCCCAUCUCUUCAGAGCAGUCUCUGUCUAUGACAAGCAAUGCCAUUCUUACAUCUGAAAGGCCGUCCAGGCCCAGCCCUGAUUUUUCGAUUGGGGAGGAAGAUGAUGAUCUAAUGGAUGUUGCCCUGCUAAGAAAUUAAAAAUAAUUGGGUGGGGGGUGGAGGACAGAGAGGGUGUUUAAUUUGGGAGUUUGGGGGUUUUAAAUAUAUAAAUAUACAUAUAUAUGAGUGCAUAGCACUCGGGUGAGUUAAAUUUGGAAAAAAUCCAAAUUUGAAAAUUGGGAAAGCUUCCUUAAUGCAGAAAUUUAUUUUUCUAAGCUCUUAGAAGCUGAAAUAGGUACACUUACAUGCUUCCGGCUAAUAGAUUAAAACUCAAGCAGGUGCUUAAACAUUUUACCCAUUUUAAGAGAAUCAGAUUCUUCUUUGAAUGUUUUAAACCAUUUCCAUUUUGAUUCAUUAAAAAAAAUAUUUUUAACAUUUAAGAUUUAGCUUUCAUUGGCUUUUAUCCUUUUCCCACUGAAAAUAAUUUUUGGAAUUGAUUUAGUGCCUGACACCAUCCCACUUCCCUAAGGUGCCAACCAUCUUCUUUUACAAAUUAUAACUAUAAUAAACACUGUGUUCAACACCUCGCACCAUUUGGGGACUGUCAUCCAAACAGUGAAGUAUUUUGAUCUGAAUGUGUUAUACCUUUAUAGUCAUUUGAUUUGGAACAUUUUUCUUCAUCCCUGUGAAAAUUUUGAUCACUUUCAUUGUAUGUCUUCUUUCAUGACGUCUUCUGUAUUAUAAUUCAGUAGUAAUUACUGCUGUAUUCUUCAACUUGCAGAGAAGAGGAAAGAGUAGUUUUGGUCAGAGUUCAGUUGGUGUAAUGUUAUAGGUUUAAACAACACUCGUAAGAGAAUACUGUAAAAAUAAAUGGGAGUAGUUCUCUGUUGCCUCAGUAGAUCCAUUAUGGGAGAACCACAGCAGCAUUGUUAUCUCAUGGGCUUCUAAGACUCCCCUUUAGAAAUUAUUAUCUUUCCUAAACCAUGAGCAAAGACAUCCUAUAGCCCCAAAUGCACUGUCUCUGAAGACUGUUGCCUCAUGCCCAGAUUCUAGAGAACAGAGCAGCUAUUGAUCACACAGAGCACAAUGUGUGCACCAGAGUGCACCAAACUCAGGAUUGACAAUGUACAGCACUCAUAUGAUAAUUGACGACGCACACUUAAAUGUGUGCACCUAGCAAAGUAUUAGAGUAUAUUUGCCCAACAUAAAUUCUCUGUAGUGGCACACACACACACACCCAAUCUGUGUCCUCCUAGAUGUGUUGGAACUGCUACUAUCACUAUGCUAGCCUUCGGUGACGGGUUUUGUAGCCUAAUAUGAACCAGAUUGGGAAAAUCUGCUACAAUAGGUUUAGUAUGCAAGGCACCUAAAUUUUGCAAUUUUCAUGAUUUGCAUUCCUGUUUUCAUUGUUUUCAGAGCAAUGAAGGGGGGGGGGAACUCAGAGCAAAUUACAUUAUUUUCUCACUGUAAGGGAUUGGUUAUGGGUAUGCGAGACACAAAGGCCUACGAAACAAAGGUGAUUUAAUUGUGAUAGCCCUUACUAUGAAGCCAGAUCACAAGAUUUGUAAUUCUGUAUCUACUUAGGUCACAGUAAGUAGUUGUCUAUUUAAUUGCCACAGUAUUAUUUUCACUUGGGAAAUUUGGGUUCUGAGAAACAUAAUGUGCAUUUCAUCAAAUGGGGAGCUCAUUGUUCAAGAGCCUUGAAAAGGCUUACUCUAUCCCACCAGGAACAUAAUGAUAUUUGCAGAAUGAAGCACUUUUUAUAGUGGUUGGUAUCUUCUGUCAUUCACAUGGACUUGUGUUUUCAGGGUUUAAGGCUGUGAGAAGCAAGGGAAUAUAAUGAGUCCCAAGUGUCUAUUUUAUCAAAUACUACUUAUGGAGAUACUGGUUCUUGAGCCGUGACCCUGUUAGAGCUUUGAAAGUGGUUUUGGUCCCAAAGUCAAACAUCAUUCAGAAUUAUUUCUGUUACACUUCCAAAUGGGUAACUCUUGGUUUAAUAGCAGGCUCUUUGAAGUGAGACAGAAAUGUACUUCUUAUGCAUUGCACCAAAUGUGCAGUUUCCAGUCACAGACAUUUUGCUAAGCUGCUGUGUGGAAUGAGAGGGUUAGCACAGGGCUUCUGUUCCCAUAUGUACAGAGUAUCUAAGUAUAUCAGUAUGGGGUAGUAACAUUGCAUCCUAUAGGAUCCAACUCUGCACUUAUCAAAGUCAAAUGUGUUCAGUACAGCUGUGAAGCCUGAAAUCAUCCCAAUAAAUUCAGAAUAAUUUUGAAUGUUAUCUGUUUUAGAAAUGGAGAAAGGCAUUCAAGUUUCCCCCAUCAAAAUUUGAAUACUUGAUAGUACCUUACAGGGUUCUGUAUUAAAAGAUCUUACAUUUAUUUCUACAAAUGUAUUUCACUGUUCACAAUAUUUUAUAUCAUUCAGUAUUGUAAAGGCAGACAGCAGUAGGGGAAAACCAAACCUUUUACUCUCGGAACUGUUUAGAUUACAAGGUGUUUUUCUUCCUUUUUUACCCCCAUUUCAUGUAAAUAGUAUUGUCUGUACUCCUUCUUUGUGAACAGUUGUGUAAAUGCUGCUGGUGAUUCAUGGAGGUGGGGUGUGUAAUCUUACUGGAGGAGUAUAAUCUGAAAAUAUUUCAAAUAACUUGUUGGUUUUACAUGGAAAUAAAUUUGUUUGGUAGAAA